AUGUCUUUUCGAUUUGCUUUGAAUAGCUACAUAUUGAAUCCAGAAAAGCACAAGGAGAGCGUGGUGUUUGAAGAUGACAACUUUGUCAUCAUAAAAGACGCGUUUCCGAAGUCUGUGAUUCACUACUUGGUGCUGCCCAGGUCCCCCAAGUGGACCUCACUGCACCCUUUGAAGGCUCUCAAAGACGAUGAGUUGCUUGCAUUGUGUCUCGAAUAUGUGGAGAUAGCCUUAGCCAAACUCGAGGCCGUAUUCAACUCAAAGUAUAGACAUAUAGGAUCGGAGCCAUUCAGCGUGCGAGACGAUUUUGUGCAAAUAGGGGUUCAUUCAGUACCCUCUCUCAACAACCUCCACAUCCAUGUCAUGACCAAAGAUCUGUGCUCUGCCCGAAUGAAGAACAAAAAACAUUAUAAUUCUUUCAAAACAAGAUUCUUCGUUCCAUUGGAAGACAUUUCCUUGAUGGAUAAGGACGAUCCCAGAAUGAGUCCCCGCCAAAUGGAAGACACCAUCAAGAAUAGCGAUCUUAUUUGCCAUUAUUGUGGGGAAAAUUUCAAGAACAAGUUCGCCUUGUUGAAAAAGCACAUUGACCAUGAAUUUUCCAAAAGCUUCAAAAAAUUGGGAGUGUGA